AUGGACAGCGGUGGUGGUCUUUGGACAGAGGCUCAGGUGCCGGGCAUUCUUCGCUGGCGCGAAGGGCUAUGCACCCUUCCCCCACCAGCCAUCGCUGCACUGGCCAUUGCUCACUUUGACGAAGAGCCAAACUUGCGGCUGCUGGUGACAAGCCCAAGUGUGCAGAGAGAGCGUCGCACAUCCACGCUGCGAAAGGGGAUGCGCAUCAUCAAGUCAAUGCGCUCUCGAAGCGACCUUGGCGUGGGCAGUCCACCCUCGGCCUCUGCGCACCCUGCUUCCUCAAACACCAAAGAUGAGCUGGGCUGUAAGCCCGUCUCCCUCUCCGGCACCGUCCGCGACGCUCUCCAGCGCUAUGUCGGCAAGGCCCAGCUGUCAUCUGCGGAGUGUGCCGAGGUCUCGCGUAUCAUUGGGAACGACGCACACAUGGACACGCUAGUGCCUGCAUGGAAGGAAACGCAGCUGGAGUUUGGAACGAUGCUGGUGGCAACGAUGCGCUGGUGGACGACACCCUUGGACUUUUUCAACCUCAUCACGGCAUUCUACUCGCUUCCAGACACACCGCCCGAUUCCCUGCUGUUCCCGCGGUUCAAGUCCUGGGCCAAUGGUGCCGCCCGCAGCGCAUGGAAACAGGCCAUCUGCCGCUUCAUAAGGUGCUGGGCGACGCUUUCCAGCGACUUUGCAGACCAGUCCCUCUACGGGGCCUUUCUCCAGCUCCAGAGCACCCUCAAGAAGGACGAGAUUCUCACCCCAUAUGGGCUGGAUGCGCUCUCAAACGCCGUCGUGCAAUCCAUGGAAGAAAACACGAUUCCGCUGUGUCCACCAACCCAUUCUCCCGGCGCCAACGUCACGCCAACCCUCUCCCUCCAUCCAAAGGCGAAAUUCGGAAACCCACUUGUCAGGACGGUGAGUGGGGAACAGCUGAAAACGCUGGCGCAUCAGAUCACGGCGUUGGAGUGGGAUGCAUUUUCUCGCAUCACCCCGCACGACGUCAACUCGCAGACGCGGGACAGCAAGCGUGGAAGCAGUGACGAUGAUGGCGCUCUGCAUGCGUCCCGCAUCUCACAUGUGAUUGAUCUCGGCAACCGCCUCCGCAUGUGGGCCGUCUCCCAAGUGCUUCAGGGAAAAACCACUGAGGACCGCGCAGAGACCAUCGCUGCCAUUGUUGAAUUGUGCAUGCACCUGAAGUCACUGAAGAACUUUAGCUCGCUGAUGUCGAUCCACGGCGCAUUCAGCCACGCCGCUGUUGGCCGCCUCAAGCACUCGUUUGCCAGCUUGCCGAAACACAUCUCCCGCGACCUGCAAUCCCUGGACUCGCUCCUCUCGCCCCUCAACAACCACGAGCAGUACCGGAAACUCAUGAACAAGGUGUCAUCGCUGGGGAUUCCAUUUAUUCCGUACAUUGCCGUCCUGCUCAAGGACGCCAUGUCCAUCGAGCACAAAGCAAAGACGAUUGACAAGGCCGGUGGCGUGGAUGUGCACAAGCUGUAUUCACUGGCUUCGUGCGUUGACGUCCUCGUUCGAAAGGCACAUGUCCCCAAGGUGCAAGUUGACAUCCCGCUGCUCAUCAGCCUCAAGCACACGUUGCAGCAGCAACAAGACAGCCAGGCCUCAGACAACCAUCUCUAUGAGCGCUCGCUCACGUCGGACAGCGCUCGCCCCCGAACACGCGGUCGCUCCCGCCUUUCAAACUUCCGCCGCACACGCCGCCUCGGCGAGCAGCAAUAUCGGGAUUCGAGCCAGCAGCGGGAGUCAACAUCUGCGGCAGAGGCGUCUGCUGCGUCAACACUGCUCACUGAUCUCCACUCGCUCGGCCUCGCAAAUGUCACAGGCGUCAUUGCAGCCAAGUUUGAGGAGCUUGCAUGUGAUAUCUUGAUGGCGCUGGAUCGGCAGCUGGUUCUGUCCACCAACGGCACCAAGAUUGCCUCCACCCCGAGGCGCGCCCAGUCGACGUCGGCGAUGGUCGAUAUGCGCCCGCUUCGCUCCACCGCCACCUCUUCCUCGAGCUUGCUUGCGUCCGCUGAUGCGCCGCCAUCUGUACAGGAGGACGUCCCUGUCAUUUCCCUGCAGGGCCCGGAGCCGGCAGACCACCAGCACGAUCAGUACGAUCAGCACAACAUGCACCGCGACCACACCGCCAACACUGCAGCCCAUAGCGCUUCCGACGGCGAAGGCGAUGGCGUUGAUGGUUGUGCGCAGGGCGAUGCGGAUACCGCGAGCGUGUCGUCGAUGCCGGCGAGUCCCAAACAGCGGCUGCGCAGUAGCAUCUCCCUGGAUGCGCGUGCACGCGUACUGGAGGGGGAAGGCCGUGUUCGCGCUGGCUCCCCACUGCGUGCAUCAUCGGGUGACCUGCUUGAGCGCGUAUCUCCUGUUCCGGAUCACGGCUUCUCGGAACAACAGUACGCCCGUGCCCGCUCUCUGUUGAUGCCCUCCCUACCUCCCUUUGAGACGGCGGACAUCAACCGUGAUCAAGCUGUGGACAAGUCGGAUCUCGCCCACAUUCUGCUGCAGGCCUACAUGGCCACCACCGCCGCGUCCACGCCUGCGGCCACCCGCCCCGCCACCGCCGCCGCCUCUGUUGGGACAGCGAGUGAGCGCGGCGACAGCCCGUCAACCCGCACCAGCUUCUCUGCAAUGGGCAGCUCUGUUGAUCUGCUGCACACCCCGACACGCACAGCGCCAUCGCUCCGGCAGUCUGUGGCCACCAUCGGCAGCGUCAGCAGCCUGCCCAGUCCCGGCGUGAGCCCAACGCCGUCGCGCAAGCCCUCUGCUGUUCACCAAGUGCCUGGUGGCAGUGCUGAGCAGAAACCAGACACAAUGGACCAGAUGCUUGCUCUGCAGGCCGAAAUUGCAGCGUUGCAGAAGGAGAAUGCGCAGCUUCGUCGCGACCUGCAAGGUUUCUCCGACGUCAACUUGGAGGACAACUUCACCCUCAACAUGGUCGGCGACAUUGCGCGGGAGGAAAACGCCAACUUGCUACUGUGCAAAGAAGACUCGCUGCUGAUGGUCAUGCGUGUGCUGCAGACCAUUCCGGGCUUUCAAGACACGUCAUGGGAGGCUCUACGCGUGCUUGCAGAAUACGGCACGCGACAGCAGUAUGGGGCGAAUCGCACCAUCAACGUCUCAUCGAGCGACGAAUUCCACCUCCUCGUCCAUGGCCAUUGUCAGGUGUACUUGAGGGAGUCUCACAACCCCAACGCCACCUCCAAUCACAACAUCAUGGAUUUUGGAGAGAAGGUCUUUUCUGUGGGCAGCGGCGCGUCCUUCAUGCCGUGCUACUCAAAGACAUGGACUCUCGUCUCCCUCUGUCCGGCUCUCAUUUUCACCAUGCCGAGCCGGCUUGUGACGCGGCUGAUCCGCCUGAGCUCCAAAUCGCGGUCCCGCGGUGUGCACGUGAGCGACGUUGAGCGGCUGGUUGCGUCGCUUCGCUCGAGCAUCCACAACAUGGAGGUGGACGCGCUCGGGAUGGCGCGCCGCACGCCGCCGCAAUACGACACAGCCAUCCGCGCUGCCCGGCGGUCGCUCUCCGUGGACGACGCUGCGACGACGGCACUAAUUGGCUCGGCAUGGCGGCAGAGCAGCACAGAGCAGGACAUGUACGCCCAGGAUGUGCUGUCGACGUCGCAGCCAGCAGCCAGCAUGCAGCAACAGCAACGGGAACCGCGGAGGCGUGUGCGGCAAAAUGACUCUGACGAAGGUGAUGUGGAAGGAGCAACGACACGACAGGGCAACGCGCUGCUGAAAUCGUCUGAUUCUGCACCGCUGCGGUUUGGAGGGCAAGCAGACAGUGCUGAACGCAGCACGACCCGCAGCCGCGCCAAUGAUGGCAAUGGCAAACAGCCACACGGGCGGAAGCAACCCCACAGCAAUAACAGCAGCACGCACAGGUCUGCAGCAGGAGAGGAUUCGUAUGCCACGCCGCCAGUCUCCGCGUCAUCGACAACAACAGAACCUACAACUGUGCCGACAAGUCCAAGCGCAACGCCAGCGCCCAUGGACAGCGCCAUGGACGCCAACACAGCGGCGGCGCUGUCAGAUAUGGCGUCGGCGAGUCUGCACUUUGAUGAGAGCGUGCAGCAGGCUCUCAAGCACAGCACAGACUUUCAGGCCCGCGUCAGCAUGCUCGAAGGUCCGCUCGAAUUCUCGCCCAAGCUCAAGCAUUGCGCAUCCCCUGAUUUUGCACAUGCAGGCGCUGGGUCUGAGGACGAGCUUUGGACGGACGUGUAA